UAGAUAAACUCCGUUUAUCAGUCGUGUUCACCUUCAACUUAUUGAUUUUUUUUUAAAUUAAUUCCUCAUUAACACUUUAUUUUUAGUAUUAUUUUCCUUAAGGGCUGGUUGUUUCUGGUUUAUUUUACUCUCGUAUUUCCGUUUAAAAGAAAAAAAGAAAUUCCAAAUGACUGCAAGACCACGACGUUAUCCACUUUUAGGCGAGGAUGAUCCAAACCACAUUAAAAGUCAACGAGCAUUUACAAUUCAGGCAGAACAAGAAAUGUGGGAUAUUGGAAUUCCUUCAAUUUUAAGAACUGUUUUACCCUUACGAAGAAGUGAAUUUAGGAAAAACAUAACACUUGGAAAAUAUCCAUUUCAACAAGACCAUUCUGGUAGUAUGACGCCAAUCAAACUUGCCUGGAAAACCGAGAUACAGAAUGUUGACUUUGGUCUAUUAUUCCCAGAACUUAUUGAAGGUCUUACUGAUAUAGAGCCAAGCAUAGUUAGGAUUGCUAAAGCAGCUAUUAUAGAUUUACUAAAGCAUGGACCGUUGGAUAAACUGAUUGACACUUUACCAGUAUUGACGGAGGCAAUAAGAAGUGCACUUGUCAUGAAUAAUGUGGAAGUCGCACGACGAGUGUUAAUUGUCCUGAGACAUAUUUGUACAAUUCAACCGGGCAUAGGACCAGAUAUAUCCUAUUACCUACGUGAUAUUUUCCAACACUUAAAUUAUUACUUUGAAGCUCACAAAAACUACAACGACCAAAUUGUGUACAAUCCAAGUUUAUCAGAUGAUUUGUACGAUCUAAUUGAUGAUGUUGUCAAACGUUUAUUGCAAAUAUCUGGUAAUGAAUUGGAAACAGCCGAGGAUAACAUAAAAUUAGCUCUACCAACAUAUCAAAUUAAUCGUUUAACUAUAUAAAGAGAAGUGGGGCGGUUUAACACUUUCAUUUCGUUUCUUCUUUUAUUUUCUGGAAAAACACUUAGUUUACUUAUUUACUACUUAUUUGCGUUUAAACAAAGGCUAUUUCUCCCACCUGCUGCAGCGAAACUGAUACUAUCAGAAUGACUGUAGGCCAUCAGAAAAGAAGUUU